GGGAAGCAAACAGGCUGGGGCUGGGACGGCCAAGGGACAGACACCUACAGGCUGUGGCCCCACCACACCCUUCCACCGCGAUGGCCGAGCCCUGGCCCCUGGCCUUGAUGCUGCUCCUGUGUGGGAGCCCCUUGCUCCGCGCUGAGCCUCUGUACAUCCUGGUCACCCCCCGGGUGCUGCGGCUGGGCAGCCCGGAGAACAUCCAUGUCCAGGCUCACUCCGAGUCCAAGGAGCGCCUCCAGGGGAGCUUCGAGGUGAACUUGACGGUGUGGGACUUCCCCCUGAGGAAGACACUGUUGGCCAGCAGCCGGGUCGUCCUCUCGGCAACAAAUGACUUCAUGGAGCAGACGCCCGUGACGCUUCCUGAGAGCCUGCUGUUCCCCCGACACAAAAAGCCAGGCCAGCACUACGUCAUCAUCCGAGCAGACUGGAAGCCCACCUCCGUCUCCUCGUUCAUGGAAAAGACGGUGCUGGUGGCUCCCCACGCUGGCUACAUCUUCAUCCAGACGGACAAGACCGUCUACACCCCCGACCACGUGGUUCAGUACCGAGUCUUCGCUGUCAACCACAAGAUGGAUCCUGUGAACAGAGCCAUCAUCCUGGACAUUAAGAACCCAGACGGAGUCACUGUGAUCAGCCACAGCCGGCAGGUCAUCAAUGGUCUUUUUGAUAACUCCUUCCACCUCCCGGAGCUCGUCAGUCUGGGGACCUGGACCAUCGAAGCCAGUUACCAAAGCGCAGGCAAGCAGAAGUUCAAGGCCACCUUUGAUGUGAAGGAAUAUGUGCUGCCAUCUUUUGAAGUCCAACUCACCCCCAACAAGACUUUUUUCAGCCUCAGUGAUGAGGCUCUGGGCGUCGACAUCCAAGCGCGGUACAUAUUCAACAAGCCGGUGGACGGACACGCUCUGGCCAUCUUUGGGCUGAAGGUGGACAACGUCCGGACCACCAUCCAAGGGUCUCUGCGGAGGGUGGAGGUCUCCGAAGGGCAGGGCCACGUGUCCCUCCAAAAAGACACGCUGCUGGCCGCGUUCCAAGACCCAGAGGGGAACUUCAGCGGGGCCUCCAUCUUUGUCAACGUCACCGUGUUCUCCUCAGGGGGCGAGAUGGUCCAGGCCGAGACCUCGGGGGUGAAGAUCACCCGGAAGGCCUACAACAUCCAGUUCACCAAGACACCGCAGUAUUUCAAGCCGGGGAUGCCUUUCCACUUUAGGGUCUUCGUCUCCAAUCCUGACGGGUCCCCAGCCGCCAGAGUCCUUGUCCGCUGCCAGAACCACAAAGUGUACACCUCGGACAACGGGAUAGCCGCUCUGGCCAUCAACACUGACGCGGCUUCCAGCGAGCUCACCGUCCUGGUGGAAACCGAGUCUCCCCACCCAGAGCAGCAGGCUUCUGCCAGGAUGACAGCUUGGCCCUACUCAACGCAAGAAAACUCGGGGAACUUCCUGCACAUCGAGGUGAACACGAUGGGUAUGGAUGUUGGCAACAGCCUACAGCUAAGCUUCAACACACGGCACGGGAAUCCUGCAACCAAGGACGAGAUCACUCACUUCACCAUCAUGGUCCUCAGCAAAGGCCGGGUGGUGAGUGCCAAACAGCAGUUAAAGAGCUCGGGGAGCGUCUACACGUCGGCUAUCAUCGACGUGACCCCAGAGAUGCUGCCCUCCUUCCGCAUCGUGGCCUUUUACUUACUGCCCAGAGGAAUGAGCCAGAACCCCGAACUGGUAGCUGAUUCCAUAUGGAUUGACGUGAAUGACAGGUGCAUGGGCACGCUUAAGGUUGGUUUAAAGCGUGAUGAGGUCAUCCAGCCCUUGGAGCCCCAGAGCCAAGUGGAGCUGAAAGUGACAGGUGAUGCAGAGGCCAGGGUGUGGCUGUUGGCUGUGGACAAAGCUGUGUAUGCCUUGAACAGCAAACACAAGCUCACUCAGAAGAAGGUCUGGGAUGUGGUGGAAGAACAUGACAUUGGCUGCACAGCAGGAAGUGGGAAAAAUAAUUUUGCUGUGUUCAAGGAUGCUGGACUGGACUUGAAGAUCAGCACGGGAAUGGACACCCUGGCAAGCUCAGACUGGCAGUGCCCCCAGAGCCCCCCUCCCAGCCGCCGCCGCCGCUCCCUGAGGAGGCUGGAAGCAAAAAGGGAUGCAGUGAACAAGUUCAAGACAGAGCUCGAGCGGAAGUGCUGCGAGGCUGGGCUCAAGGAGAACCCGGCGGGGCUGGCGUGUGAGGAGCGGACACGGCAUGUCCUCCACGGCCCCGCGUGCGUGGCCGCUUUCCUGCACUGCUGCCAACUGUCCGAGACCCUGACUCGGGAGGCCAGGGAGGAGAGGCUGCUCCUGGGCACAACCGAUGACGAUGACGAAUUCUUGGAUGACAUCUUCCUGGAUGAUUUGCCCAUCCGGACCCUGUUCCCAGAGAGCUGGCUCUGGAGAAUGGCUACUCUGCCAGAGAGUGCAUCAGGGACCUCCCACCUCCUCACCUUGGUGAGCAUGCCGGAUUCCAUCACCACGUGGGAGUUCGUGGCCGUCAGCCUCAAGGCUGGACGAGGUCUCUGCGUGUCGGACCCCUUUGAGCUGACCGUGAUGAAGUCGUUCUUUGUGGACCUGAAGUUGCCCUCGUCCGUGGUCAGGAAUGAGCAGAUCCAGAUCCAGGCCGUGCUGUACAAUUUCAGGAGCCGGCAGGUCAAGGUCCGUGUGGAGUUCCCCUACAAGGAGCCUCUCUGCAGUGCUUCGAAGCCGGGAGCCCCGUCCCGCCAGGUGGUGACUGUGCCCCCCACUUCCUCCAAGAUAGUAGCGUUUGUGCUUCUCCCUCUGGAGCUAGGCGAAGUGGAGGUGGAGGUCAAGGCCGUGGGCCCCGAGGCCCGGGACCACGUGAAGAAGACCCUGUUGGUUCGGGCAGGAGGUCAAGUACAGAGAUUAUCGCACAGCUUCCUCCUAAACCCGCAAGGUCGGACCCAGAUGGAGCUGGUGCCAAGGCGGGAGUUGUUGAACAAGGUGCCCGACACGGAGGCAGAAGUGUUUGUCAGCGUCCAAGGCGACAUCCUGGGUGAGACGAUCGUGGGGAGCCUGACCCCCAUAGAAACCCAGAAGCUGCUGAAGGUCCCCACCGGCUGCCCCGAGCAGACGCUGAGCAAGCUGGCGCCCGUGAUCAUCCUGACCAAGUACCUGGACUCCACGGGCCAGUGGGGCAAGGUCGGGGUGGAGCACAGGGAACAGGUGCUGAAGAACCUCGUCAUCGGUCACACGCAGAUGCUAAGGUACCGGAGUGCAGAUGGCAUCUACCGUCUCACAGAGAACUCUCCAGGAAGCACCUGGUUCACGAGCUACAUGUUCCGGAUCUUCGCCCUGGCCUAUCCCAUCAUGACAGACAAGAUGCCCAGGCUGUCGGACCUCUGUGCCAUGGCCAACUGGGUCAUCACCCAGAGGCAGGCGAAGGACGGGCACUUCCUGGAGAAUGGCCCGGUGGUCAUGAAGUCCAUGCAGGGUGGCUACAAAGGCUCCGAGGCAGACAUAUCCCUCACAGCCCUCGUCCUGAUAGCCCUGCACUCGGGCCAAGAACUGUGCAGUCCAACCAUGCAGAAUUUGGAUGCCAGCAUCAAGCGAGCCAGCAACUUCCUGGAGACAAAGCUCCCCACCAUCCAGACGACCUUUGCCAUAGCCAUAGUCUCCUACGCACUGGCCCUGGCCAACAGCCCCAAAGCCAACGACCGCCUGGACAGCUUUGCCAACUACAGUCACUGUGGAGACUGUGGGGAGGGGGCAGCAGACAAAACCUACUGGCCCGUGGGUGAGCCGGACGAGGACUCCCUGUAUACCAUUGAGGCCACAGCCUACGCGCUGAUGCAGAAGCUGCAGUUGGGUCGGUUCAACGAGACGCACGCCAUCGCCAACUGGCUACUGGAGAAGCGGGAGCUAGGAGGAGGCUUCAAGUCCACCCAGACGACGGUGGUGGCCAUCGAAGCCUUGACCUCCUUCCGCGAAACCGUGCCCUUCGAGGGAGAACAGAAUCUGGAUGUCCAUAUCAGUGUCCCCAAGAGAGCUGUGCAUGUCAACUGGCUCAUCAAUCAUAACAAUGCCUACCAGCAGCGAUCGGCAAAGUUCUUCGGCCAGGACGACCUCGUGAUCACAGCCAGCGGCCACGGAACAGGCACCGUCUCGAUCCUCACCACGUACUACAAGUCCCCAGAGUCCUGGGAGAGCCCCUGCACCAGGUACCACCUGAACGUGACUCUCCACAGCACCGCAGCAAAUAAAAAGGGAGAGGAGACCUUCCAGCUCCGAAUGGAAACAAGGUACCUGGGCGCUCAAGACGCCACCAUGACCAUCAUGGAGGUGUCCCUGCUCACCGGCUUCUACCCCAACCAGGAAGACCUCCAACAGCUGACCAACAACGUGGAGCCGUAUGCCUUCCAAUACGAGACCAAGACAAGCUCCAGCGACAGCUCCGUUGUCCUGUACCUGGAGAAGCUCUCCCACGAGGAAAACACGGUGCUGGGCUUCCACAUCCACCAGAUGCUGCAAGCCGACUUCCUGCAGGCCGCCAUGGUCACCGUGUACGACUACUACGAGCCCUCCCACAGGUGCAGCGCCUUCUACAACCUGCCCACGGAGCGCUCGUCCCUGCGGAAGAUCUGCCACAAAGACGUCUGCAGAUGUGCCGAGGGGCAGUGCGCGGCUCUGAGGACCGACGGCAGCCGGCUGAGCAAGGAAGAGCUACAGGUAGCGGCGUGCGAGCCUGGCGUGGACUUCGUGUACAAGAUAAAGCUGGAAGGCGUGGAGGCCUCGGCCACCACCCCCUACGUGUACUACCACAUGCGACUGCAAGCCGUCAUCAAGAGUGGCACCGACCCUGUCAUCCCCAAUACCAUGAAGAAAUUUGUCUCCCACGCCACCUGCCACGACUCCCUGGACUUGCAAGAACAGGAGUCGUACUUGGUCAUGGGCCAAACGUCAGAUUUAUGGAAAGUCAGAUCUGAUUACACCUACGUCCUGGGCAAGGAUACGUUCCUCAUGCUUUGGCCGGCAGACGUGGCCGAGCUGGAGGAAUUCUCCGAAUAUUUGACCACCCACGGCUGCCAGUCCUGAGACUGCGAGGCCUCGGCUGUCCUCGGUGACGUGUCUCCAUGAAGGUCUGGGCCGCCUGGGCUUAACCCCAAAUAAAGGACAUGGAAUCUCA